AUGGCAUUAAAAUUUGCUGCCAAUUUAUCGUUUGCCUUUCAGGAGCAUGAAAAUUUUCUCCAGAGAUAUCAGGCGGCGAAAAAUGCAGGUAGUGUUAAUGGCUGCGUGAACUUAAAGAAGAUAGAUACUAGAAAAAAAGUUAAAGAGCGAAAAAGCUCGUUAAAUUCUUGUGCAAGUUAAAAUCCCUUCGUAAAUGUGAUGGAAUUUAGAUGUUAGCUUACCUCAUCUCUUUAAAAUAGUUUUUAUUUUUCUCAUCAACUCUGAUGUCUUUGGGGGCAAAAUUUAGCAGUAGUUAAUCAUAGUGUCUUAAAUUUCAUUUUCCUCUGUGCCAAACCAUCAUUAUACAUUUUUAUCAAGGAUAAAAUCUGAACCAUAGCAUAUAUUAUAAAGAUUAAUUUAUAUUAUUUAUAUGUCACAGGUUUUAAAGGUGUGGAGUCAGGUUUUCCCCUGGACAUCCCAAUAGAUGAAUUGUGCAUUGCUCGAGAGAGUGCACAAAUAGAACAUGUGCAUAUGAAUGCUUUUGAUGGUAAGUUCUGGGGCUGGACCUCCGCUGUAGGGGGAAGGUAGCUUGGACCCCGGAACCCUUAGUAAGCUGUAAGGGGACCUUUCCUAAAACAAAGACAGGGUUGAGCUGGACUAUUGCUUUGGUGAUAGGCCAACACAAUUAUUCAUGAGUUACGCAUCUCAUUUUUCAUAGCACAAUUUUCUACUCUCCUCCCUCCUUAGUCCUAUAAUACAAGUUUUCAGCUUCAUGAAAGUGUCUUUUUCCACCCAAAGGUAAUUCUAAAGGACUAGCAGCAGUACCAGGUAGAGAAGAAGAAUUCAAACAAUGUUUAGAAUUGUCUAUAAAAUAUGCAGAAGCCCUUAAAUGUACAAGGUAAAUAAUAAUUAUGAUUUUGUUAAAUCAUUACUACUGACAUACUGAAAAAAAAGCUCUGAAAAGGUUCGUAGAUUUUAUAAAAUAGGAUGUAAGCUAAUUAGCUUACAUAUUAUUUUAUAAAAUCUAAGAACCAGGCUAAUUUAAAAAGAAAAAAACGUUUUAUACACAGCUUUUUUUUCUGUAUAUCCGCUGAAAGGGUGUGAGGAAUAAAGGCCUUAGGUGACCUCCGAUGAACUGCCAAAUUCUCCUUAACUUCCAGACACACUGUUAAUGUUUUAUGCUCAUAGUCUUUAAUUCAGUACUCUUGCAUUUUAAGAAACAUAUACCGGUAGAUAUCCAAUAAUUUUCGUAUAAGAUAAGUCAGGUGAUAGUCUCCCUCGGAGCCGUUUUUUUGAUUUCACACAACGUUCCUCCGUGACAUCCAAAAAAUGGCUGCGAGGGAGACUAGUCUGGUGAUGACCCUGAGCUACAAGGGGGCUAUUCCUGAAAUUUUUACCCUCUAUCAUUUUUUAGACUGCACGUGUUAGCUGGUGUGUUUACUGGUGGUAUCACUAGCAAAGAUAACAAGGUUGUGACACUGUGGGAGGAGACGUAUAUUAAGAACAUGAAAUAUGCUGCACAAAGACUCCAAGAGGUAAUGAUAGUAAACACUGCCUGUUAGCUUAUAAAAAUCAGUGCUUCUGUGCACUAACAGUGCCUGCACAAUGCAAUUUUGCUGGGAAAACUAAGGCUUUUGGCAGAUCAAGACUAAAACUCUAGGGUGCCUAGGGUUUUAGCAUUGCAACGCUUUGUUAUGUACCCCGUAAUUCUUCUAAGAGCACCUGUAGUCUUGAGCAUGGUUAACAGUUGCAUUCAUUAUUCAGCUAAUUUUUUUACAGUGGUACCUAUAGUUCACAACUUUGAAAUUCCGGGUUCCCAGUGGUCAGUUGAGUUGAGGCCUAAAUUAACCCAUUAAUUUUAUCACAUUGUCUGGGAAUGAAAACUUCCCUGUCAGCACUCCCAUAAAAGUGAUUGUAUUUUUAAUUUGUUUCAGUCUGGGAUAACUCUUUUAGCAGAACCCAUUAGCACUAUUCCAGGAUACUUUUUGACUAACACACAACAAGGUAUAACUUAUAACUGUUAAUUUUUAUUGACAUUCUUUGAAAUGGCAAUGCUCUGUUGGUUUUCCUCUGCAUUUUUUUUUAUUAUAACAUAUUCAAAAAUUUGCUUAAUUAUCGUAUUCUAAUAUUAUUUUAUUAUUACCAUAAUUUCUCUCCCUACAAGAUUGAUAACAGUUCUUAGGGCAAAAUAUAUAGAGAGGAGUAAAAUAAUUUAAUGAUCUAUCAUUAACACUAUUUAUUUGCUUAUUUCAAUAUUACAACAUAGCCGUGCAUACAGUCGAUAACUUAAUAUACACUGUAUGUAUUUAACUUUGCUUUGCUUUUGCUUUAUAAUUACCCUGCAAUCAAAUGUGGCCUCUGCUUGCAGGGUACUUUAACUUGUUCCCCUCAAUAACUUUUUGGUGUCUCAUGCGCAGGGCUGUCACUUAGCUUUCAAGUUGCCAGGUGAAUGCAAUUAGUAGGUGAGGAAUUAACCCUUGAAGUCCCAAUAGUGACCAACAACAAUUUUCUCCUAACAAUAUUCAUAUGUUGCCAAGAGGAAUGGUUAUGAGAGUUAAUAAAAUGAUCACUAAAGAGAAAAUGCUUUGAUCUGUUAUCAAACUCUCUCAACUAAUUCUUUACAGAAAUGUAUGAAGAUCAGUAUGGAGAAUUUAUAUGUGGACAUUUGGGCUUAAAGGGUUAAAAAGCAGGAAUUUAUGCUCAUAGUACAGAGAAACCAUGCCUUACGGCCACCUCCUUAAUAUGACAGCCACUUUUUUUUGGCCGCCUGGCGAAAACCACCAUACAUUUUCUUGUAAAAAAAAAACCCUCGUUAAUACGACCAAUUUUUUUGGCCCAUUGUUGGUGACCGUAUUAAAGGGAACCACUAUAACUGGGAAAAUCUCCCUUAGUGGCAGCGCUGCACGUGCAAGGUAACACUUCAAUUUGACCUCAUCGGGAAGGAAAAGUUGUUUUGACAUUAAAAAUUUCAUUAUUUUCAUUUUCUCUAUCACCAGCAAUCAAUUUCAUAAAAAAGGUGGAUCAUAGUAACAUGAAACUUCAGUUGGUAAGUUAAAAAACAAGGAACAAGAGCAAUAUUUUUCAGUUUACACGCUGUGCUUUAUUCUCACAAAUUUAAUGGAUAUGACUUACAUCAAGUUGAAUUGAUUUAAAGUUUGACUUGACUAAAUUUAUGGGCUCUUAUGGCAAAAUUUCAAAGAAAUGUACACUUUGUUAAGUCAAUAGUUUUUAUGAGGUGUGGAGGUGAGCUGGACAGGGUUGUAUUAUAUUAUAACUCACCCAACCUGGUUUUCUUGAAGGUUUACUUGUUAUUUUUUUUUUAUAUAGGACAUGUUUCACCAUCAACGGACAAGCGGAAACUUGACCCAAACCCUGAUUGACUCUAUGCCAUAUAUUGGUAAUGUUAUUGUAGAAAUAUUACUAUUUGCCUUUACACCACAACUGAAACUAAACAUCUACUAGUUAAGUCCUUCUGUUAGCCAGUGCUGAAAUCCUUGUUCUGGUCCCCAGCUGUGUACCAGGAUUGAGUAUGCACCAUGGUUGGUUUGUCUCAAAAAAGUGUUGUUUGAUUGGGCUACAAGGUUGGAGAACAUUCUGAGGGGGACUUCUGGUAAUUUGUCAAGUCCAUUGUGAACCUAGAAAGAGGAUCUUAGUGCUGCUUUACCGGCAUUACUAACAUGGGUUAGAUAAUGUCUGCAGGCUAUUAUUACUUUAAAAAAAUUUACAGUUAUUAAAUUGUGCUGGAUAAUGAUCACUGCUUUAAUUUUUAAAUUUUACUCUUAAAAAAUGAAGUUCUUUUUUGGACCUUUAGAAACAGUCAUGUUUAAUUUGUUUUCUUUCAGGACAUAUUCAAAUAAGCCAAGUCCCAUCUCGUAAUGAACCAGAUUCUGAUGGUGAAGUAAACUACCCCUACAUAUUCCAUCAGAUCGCAAAAUUAGGCUACAAAGGUUGGAUAGGCUGUGAAUAUCAUCCAAGAGGUAAAUUUCUCAGUUAAUUUAAGAUGAAAUUUUAAGGGUACUUUUGUUAUUAUUGUAAGCUCUGUGGGUAUAUAUGUACGUACUAAAAUUAAAACUUUCUUUAAAAAAAUCUACUAGAACCUCGUGCUGGUGGUUAUAUUAAUUUUAUUUUCCAUCACUUUUUUUUCUUAAACAACAAAUUACAUGUAUUCCUCACUGAGCAAGUUUAUAAUUUUGUCAAAAUUUGCAUCACGGGUGGAACCUGCGUGGAUUGCACAGCAAGGCAGAAACACAAGUCGGCUUUAUAUUAUAAUAUAUCUUGACUUUCGGUUGGUAGUCUCAGUGACAUCAUUGAUUGUGAUGUUGAGUUGCAUUAAGGUUUUCAAGCAACAUGACUUCCACUGUGUGCACUAUCAUGUUUUAUUCAUGAAAGGCGGGCAUGUUUAUUCAUUCUGUUGUUGAAUAACAGGGAGUUGCUAAAACGUAAUGCACUGCUUAAUGAGAAAGAUUUAACAAUUCUCGUUCACAUUUAGGACAAAUGAUCAUUAGUUUGAGUUGUGGGUACCAGUCGGUAUUUAUCUUUCCUAGUUUUGUUUUUGUGAUAAUAAAUUUCUUUUUGUUUUUUGUUUUCUUAGGACGGACACUAGAUGGUUUAGGAUGGCUGGCACCUUAUCUUAUUGAUUAAGAAAUUGUUCCAGUGCACCCUUGUGUGUCCUUAUCUUAUGCAAAUCUCAUCAUCUGUCAAGUUGAAGAGUACACUGUCUGGACUGGCACAAAGUAUCAAUAUUCAGCUAUUGAGGAUAAGUGAAACCUUCUGCAAUAGUAGCUUACUGAAGGAAGGUUGAGAAAGAUUUACAAAUUUACAAAACUUUGAGUACACUAAAAUCAGUGUACAACAAUGAUAUAUUUUAAAGUACCCGGGGUACCAGAGGUUUUUUCUCCUUUUCGCACGGUUCACUAUAAAGACUUGAAUGGAAACCUACAAAUGAAAAGUCUCUGGCACCCCAGGUAUGGAUUGACCCCCAUCUUUUAAAAACCAAUCUAGCCUUGAAUCUUAUGCAGAUUUAAAGAAUAUCAGGAUAAUACACUUUCAGGUCUAAAAAAGUUCACUUGGUUUUUAUCCUGGGUGCAUGCCAG